AUGUCAAGACAACCACAAUCCAUAGCGAGCGCUGGCAGCGAGUCUGUUCGGAGUAUUCCACAACGAUCUUCUCCCCGCGAAGAGCGCUCCGGCUCGAACCCUGCAUCUUACAUGGGAGACAAUGAUGAUACGGCGCUGCCAUCAAUGGAAUUCCACUCGCAAUGCCACUCCCAGCCGUCUAUUGCCCAUCGCCGAACGGGGAGCACCUUGAAAACGGUCAUGCGCAAGAUCUUCAACCGCAAAAGACAAAGUCAGGCCGAUGAACUGGAGGAGAACCCAUACGAAUCCACUUUUGCGAUGCCACCGAUGCGAAAAUCAGGACCAGCGAAGGGAAAAGCAUUGUUGGCGGUUCCGCCUCCUCUGAAUUUGAAUUCACACCGGGGCAGUCCACUCUCGGCGGAGAACCUGCAGCUCGCAGAAACACAUCUGUCUCCGCUUCUGUCUCCACUAUCUCCCCUUUCCUCUGCAACGCUGCGCGAUUCAAUGCCGGGUAGCAUGCAGCCACGCCGAAGACGAGCGACUCUUCCUAGCGUGGUUUUUUCAGACGAUGAAUCACGGUUUGCCGUGGCGUCAAUAGCAGUAUCCGAUCCGCAAGAGGAUAGGAGCCAUAUCCCAGAGCGCAGACACAGCUUGCUCUCCCACCGCCUAUCAAGGAGCACAGAUGCAUUGCGCGAAAUGACAGAUAACGUGCCAGAGAUCAUGACAGCUUGGCCACAGCGCACAUCAUCCGCGCCUAGGCCAGCUUCGGUUCCUGACUCGCAAUCCCCGCCGUUAGAUGAAAGCUCUAAUAGUGGACACUCGGGGCGGCCCUCAUCGGGGACAACGGUAACCAGUGUGACCCGAAUGUCCGCCGAACCAUCUUUGAUGGAAGUCGACCCAGCACCACAACAACCCAGCCUCCCAUCGAACCUCGCAAGUCUAGUCAACACGAUGCAGCAAGAUGACAGCGUCACCCUGGAACAGCGGUUGACUACACUCGAAGUGAAACUAAUUGAUUUGGAAUUCGCCAUUGCGCGAAUGCAAACCAACGGCCCCGAAAACCCCACCGAAAAACCAUCACGCCCCCGACACCCUCCUUCAGCAGACUCCUUCCCUCCUCACAUGCGCAACAAACCCACCGCAUUCUUAUCCUCAAUCGACCGUGACGAUUCCCCAAGCCCCCUCCCAAACGUCUCCACCCGCCCCUCCAGCACAAACACAAUCCGCGCAGACACAAUGGCCCCGCGCACCCUCCGCCCCGCCCCAUCCGCCUCAUCCCUGUCUGACUACCAAGGCGUUUCAAUCGAGCAAUACAGCACGCUAGUUACGCUCCUGCGUCGUGAACAAACGGCCCGCAGAAACCUCGAGACACAAGUCGGCAGUUUGCGCGAUGACAUCCGUGAUCUGCAGCGCGCAGCUCUUGGGUCCAUGCAGUCGGGUAUAAGUGUGGGCAUGGUGCAGCCCGCGCAUUCCACGCAGUCGCAGCAGUUCCUGCGCUUCCGUCGCGCACUAGAUGACUCUGAUAACUCUUCAGCGCUGAGAUCAGAUGAUAAGCGCACCGGUAUUGAUGACACCGACUCCGAUUGGGAUCGGUCAGAUAUCUAUUCCCGUGAUGAUCCGUUCGGUCCUCCGAAGUGGGAGCGUCAGCGGGUUGUCACCGCCCCUAUGAUUUGA